CACUGGCAAAGCCCCUCUUCAUAAUCAGCAGGAGAGCCGACAGUCAUCUCGUACUGGCUCUGUGCCAGGCUCUGUGCCAGGCUACUACAGGAAGCCCCGGCUGUCAGCAGAGCCAAGCGGAGAAGCGGCCCGGGGGCAGAACGUGACCCUCCGCUGUCGCUCCCACCCGGGAUAUGACAGUUUUGUGCUCUACAGAGGGGAAGGGGCCAACAGCUCCCAGUGGGGGGACCCGCAGUCUCAGGGCGACUUCCUCAUCCCGGCUGUGGCCGCCCCUCAUGAGGGCAUUUACCGCUGCUACGUGUUUCACAGUCAACAUCCGCAGGUGUGGUCGCUCCCCAGUGACCGCCUGGAGCUCAGGCUCACAGACCCAGUGACAUCUGGUCCAAGACUGGAGCUUCCAGACCUACUAUUUGGUCUUCCCAGACUCCAAGCAGGCAUCUUAUUAGGCAUCUCAGCACUCCUUAUCCUGUUCUUCCUGUUAUUCCUCCUUUUCCUCCUCCUUCGAUACCACCGCAAGCGCCAGGCCAGACAAUGCACUGGAGGCAAAGAGGCAGGAGUUGAAGAGACUCUCAGGAGGUACAGCCAAGCUGAGGAUGUUUCCCCAGAGUCCCCAUAUGCUACUGUGGAAAAUAUACAGAUUGAAGAACACAUGCAGGUCAGCACUCAGGUCGGAGACUCUCAAGAAGUGACCUAUGCCCACCUGAUCCAUAACAUCCCCAACCAGGACUUUGAGCACAUUUCUCCAUUCCCAUCAGAAGAGUCCACACUCUAUGCCCCACUGGCCAUCCAGUAAGUGUCCUAG